AUGGCGAACUCUGCAGCCAUUCCGGCCUUGAUCGCCGCCUUCUUCUUUGGCAUUCUUUUCAACGCGGCGUCAGCAGCUCUGGUUCUUUACGUUAGAGGCCAUGGCUCGGCGAUCUUUCGGGACGGCCUGAGGCUGGUCCUCAUUUUAUUCCUUUUGUCUUCAACCAUUUGGGCGCUAGUCGAGUUCCUCGCGACUCUAAUCGAUCCGACGGCAGCUUCGACUUGUCAAGUCGCGGUUAUCUUUUCGUCUCUAUUCGACCAAUUGGGGAGGACUUUCGUCGAGCAGUAUUUGGUCUGGGCAGUGCGAAGGAACGGCGAAAAGACGGCGUUCAGUCUCUUGCCUCAAAUACUCGUUCUCGGUCGGCUCAUUGUUGGUAUAGCGUUUGUUGGGUUGACAAGAGCCGAAUUCAACCCUACUUGCGUACCAGUAUCCGGAGUACCGGGCGUCCCCAUCGCUGUCAUCGUGAUAGACGCUGUCAUUCUCAUCCUGCUGGCAGUCCACGCGCUCUCAAAAGGCUCAGUAAAGAACACUCAAGACUACCAACAAGUGUCAGGCGGUGGCCGAGCUGUGGGCUUGGUUAUCAUCGGGUUGGCGAUAUGGAUGGGAACUAGUGUGACACUGUUGCUCGGUAUAUCAACCAUCGCCUUGUUCUUCCGGACAACACUGCCUGCUAUCGGUCUGCUGAUCCUCGUUGCGUUUGUUCUUCUCUUCUUCCAGACACUCGUCCUCUCUCGACAGGCUCCACGCCGGCCCGAUUCCCCUACUUCGCAAGGAAUUCAAGUUCAAGGAAGCAGAGACCUAUCAUCUUCAAAUUCCACCGACUACCCUCCAUCACGCUAUGAGGACCUGAAGGAGGUUGGCACUAUGUCCACGACCGCUUUCGCCGCCAUGGGUGAUGCCCAUCAAGACUACCGCAUCAAUGACGACGUCAAUCUGCCAAACAUCUCGAACCCUGUCACAGGCGUUUCGGGGGUCGGCGGGCUCCCAAUCCAAGGGCAACUUUUCCCGCCGGCACGACUGAGUCUAGCCGAGCUAUCUUCUCUUUCAGCAGUGCCACUACCUCCGAGCGAUUGGAGCAACAAGCGCAGUAAGGAUGGGUCAAACCGUCCCAAAGUGAUUCCAAAGGGAAAAGGAGGAAAGAUUCAGAUAUCACAUCCCAUCGUCCAGAAUAGCGACGAAGACACGCAGAACCCGCUCAACCGGAUACCAACAGUCGAUCUGGCGACAGCUGCCAACAAUGAAAGGGAAAGGAGAGCAAAACAUGCGCAGCGUGUUUCGGCUUUCAUCGCACAACGUCCGGCUCCUCGAGCGCCUAGUCCUCCCGGACGAACAGACGCAAUUCAACGGGCAAAAAGCACAAUGCGAAAGGAUGUCAAUGAUCUGGAAAGAUCUGAGUCCACCAAGACAAGUCAAUCCGCGGCUGGGCUGUCUGUGGAAGCAAAUGCAUCGUCUACUGCAACACAACCAUCACCUGGUGCCGAAGGUGUCCGGAGGCGAUCACCGCGGCAGCCACAGCCAGCUCCGAUGACAUCAAAGUUCCAAGUGAUACGACCUGGCGAGCCAUUACGCAUACCUAUCCUAAGAGCACCAGAGACACCUCAACCUGCAUCUCCAACAUCCCCAGAGCCAGUGAAGACCCCUCUUCAGCGCCGCCCCACGACAGGACUCCCCUCGAACCCCCGUGCCCAAGCAGCGAAGGCAAUGGCAAAAGAAGCCAGGAACCAGAAACAGCAAACAGUCAUGUUUAUCAAUAAUAUUGUGUACGAUGAUCCGAAUAUUGUUAGCGAUAUCGUCCAAGACGCUUCUUCGAAAACACCGUUAACGGCGUUGGAGUCGAGCAACUCGGUCCUUCACCGCCCCCGUCCUAUCCCUAGAAAGAGCGACGAUGACCGUCAAGUCUUUCCCGUUGAAAGUUCGCCGCACAACGCGCACAGACGAUCCAGGUCUGGAGUUUCAAUCACACGCCGGAAGUCAGGUAUUCUUCAGUCUUUGCCUGGAAGCCCAACUCAGCUGCCCAGUCAGCCUCCCUUACCCAAGACCGCUGGUACGACCGCGAGGCCACUACCAAAUGACACGAAGAGCAUGACAUUCGACGAGAAGAUGAAUUUUCUUUACACCUCAGUCCCUUUGAGUGCUCCUUCGACGACUAGCAAUGUCACAGACCGUCAAUCAAUUCCCCAGAUGCCUCCUCUACCUGCCACAUUCUUCGACGAGCAACCGACGCAAACUGAAGCGUUCUCUGAAUCCGAGUUUCGUCAUGACGUAAGAGCUUCCAAGACCACUGACAGGAGUACAAUACGGACUGCGAGCAUCUUGGGGGUUACGGAGAUCCCUGAGCGAUUAACAUCAAACAGAUAUUUGCAGGCUGCUUCGCAGAAUCGUGAUGCAGCUGAUGCGUUGGGCAAUUCGUGGGCACCUGGCAUACCGGUCAAUGACGGGGAAGAGCACGACUCGACCCACAGAGACAUGAAGCGCAAGUCGUCGCCAGUUCUUCCCGUGGGGAGAAACCUCAGCAUGACUUCUACGAGAAGUGAGACCAGGACCAGAGAUGGAGACUGGACAACCCACUGGGGCUCUGUCCACUCGCCCGUUGCUCCAGUCGAUGUCCAACAGUCGUGGCAAAAGCCUCGGACCACAUACAUCCAGAAGGACCAGAAGGACCAACGUGAUCUGGCGCAAGAUAAAGUUGACCAAGAUGCCCCUGCUGAGGUUGUGACCGUCAUGUUGGAUACCUCGUCGGAGCAUUCCUUUGACAAUCGGCAAUCCUUUUACCUGGAAGACGACGAGGAAUCCCUUUCAGGUAUCCCAACUGCGGCGAAUCGUUUCUCUGGGCAAUUUCAUCAUCGUAUAGGGGAAGAGUGUCCCACGUUUUCUGCAAGGAAAGAAUCGGGACGAUCUCGAAAGAUGCCGCCGCCAACACCAUUGCUUCUCCAGGGCAAAGGCACGAACAGGGCAAUUGUCGUACAAGCGGCUGAACCGUCGCCUGUAGAGUCGCCCGAAGCUGCGUACCAAGUCAUCCAAGAACAGCUGCGGAGGUUUGACCAAGCUAACCGCGAGUCCGUAGAGAGUGAAGGACGGCGCCUGGCGCUGCUAGAAGACCUAGAGCUCGAGAUGGGUCAGCUGGAGAACAAAUGGCAAUCUUCCCACAAUCGUCUGGAGCGUGAUUCUGUUUCAACCAUCCAGACGGCAACGACGAGAGAUUCGCGGCCAAAUUCAAACGUCGUCCCGCUCUCUCAGGGAGCUUCGGUGCGUUCCAUUCUGGCUGAGCGCCGGGCUUCGAGAAGAGCGCGUAUGCAAAGUGGUGGCUCGUUGCGGUCAAAGGACGAAGACAACACUGGUACACCUUCGUCUCAGGACUCUUCGCAGAGCUCUGAAAGCGCCCAUGCUAGUCUUUGGCAGGCUCGCCUCGCUGAGGCUCAGAUGGAGUACAUGGAACACGCACCAGAUCUGAUAAUGAAGCGCAACAACAUGAAUUACCUCUCUGUGUCCAAGGCCGCACUGGGCAGCCCGAGCCCUCCCGACACUGACGACUCCGAAUCUGAUAGCGAUAUUCGGGGAAAUAUGCAGUCUCUCGAUUCCAGAAUGUUCAAGCCGGCGGUAAAGCCAACCGUCCCGAUCCAUGAGUUAUGGAAGUCUGAGCAACCCGUUCUUCCGCCCAUCAGUGCGGGGCUUUGGGCUACCCCGGUGAAGAUAUCAACGAACACUGUCCAAUCGUACGACCUUCCGGAACCAUCUAUCCGUCCUGCGGCCAGGAAGUCUCAGGGCGGAUUGACAAUUACGAGUUCGCGACUGUGGCAAAAACCGAAUUGGCAACUGGAGACAGCAGCUUCUAAAGGCCUGUGGAGGAAAUAUGUCCCGCGGCCUGCUACCCGGCCUGUCACUAUUCGCCCACCACGGAGAAAUAAGCGCGUGAAUCUCCUCCCUGAUAUUGUUGAAAAUCCCCAGCCUCUCCCAGAUAAGCGAGGAACACUGGGUAUCUUCCAAUUCCCGUGGGGAGAGAGGAGCGAGCACGCCACAAUUCAAUAUCGACCAAGUCAGAUGUUCAUGGCAAUGCCAGGGACGAUGACGAGCGGAGCUCCAAUGUUGAAUGCCGCUUUGGCUGCCAGGGCGAGACAGGUUGAAGCAUCGGAAUAUGCAUCCUCCUUCUUUGACGAGUACGAAGAAGAAGAAGAAGGCGACAACUUUGAUGACAACUAUGAUGGCUUUGACAGCGAGGAGGAUGGCGAUGACUUCGACGAGACCACCCUUUGGGAGAUCGCAAGCCUGCUCAAGUCUGAACAGGUUCCUUCCAAGAACAGCCUGCUUCCUCCGCCGUACCCAUCAUCUCCAAUCAACACAUCCGUACUGGCUGAGUACGUCACUGAUAUGCCAUCUGACGAAGAAAAUGAUGAUGAUGUACCAGCAGGGCUCGAGAUUCUCGAGGAGCCUGUGCCGAUUGAACGAUCGCCUGUGCUUCGCUCUGAUCAGAACUCCGUUCGGCAUCUUCUUUGGUCUGCCAACUCAGAUGCCGAUAACGCUCGCCACAACGGUGGGCUACCACAGCCAGAUGGCAUGACUUGGCAGAGCUAUCUGCCAAAAACCACCGACGUGGUUAGGUCCCGGCCUCGAGUGGAGGCGCUUACCACCAUUGAUAGCACCAGCCUGUGGGUGUCAGUGGAUCAACAAGCCGACAGUUCGAGAGAUGAACUUCUCUGGGCUGCACCAAAGCCCGUUUCUGCUCCCGUUGUACACGUGGUGCUGACACAGCCCCGUGUUCAGUCUCAGGCUUCGCUCCUGUGGGAAAAGCCAUCGGCAAUUCCACCUUCCCGGACAAUGGGCGCCUGCGGGUUGUCACAACCCGAUGAGGCGACCUGGAAGAAUCACGCUCCGGAAAGGGUCGACUCCAUCAGGUCGAAGCCUCGGACUGAGGAGAAUGUUCUCCGCAUUGAAAGCGCAUGCUUAUGGGCGCCAGACGUCAUUGCUGCGAAUGCGGUGAUCUCCGGACUUCUGUGGACAUCAGUGAAGAGUACUGCGCUCCUUUCCACGGCGCAGGGUCAUUCCCAAGUCGCAGUUGAUGGACCACUGCUGUGGGUGCAACCUGUACUCAUAUCACCCAUCCAGGUUGAUGGCUUGUUCGACGUUCAUGUCCCGAGACUCGAUUAUCGCAGAACAUCGAAGCAGCCUGCCGCACUCACACUGUCGGCAAGGGCACCGCGUGUCACUGCAGAGCCCCUUUCUCCGCUGACGACCAGCAACCUAUGGGGCUCAAAAUCUCUCAAAGUACGGACUGCCUUCGGAAUUGCCACUGGUAAAUCGGCACUCUGGAUACAGCCUGUUUUCGAUGUAGCGCCCCAAAUCGGUGGCUUGUUCGACUUUAAGUUCUCAAGAGUGGAUCACCGCAGAACAUCCAAAGAGCCCGCCGCAUUUAAAAUCUCCGCAAGAGCACCCCGUUUCGUUAAGGAACCUCUCGCUCAGCUGACCACAACCGAUCUCUGGGCACCGAAGUGUUCGAAUCUGACGCGACCUUCCCCUAUGCCUGGGUAUCUCUUCCAGUCUUCGGAGUCACAGUAUUCAAGUGAGCCCAAGGCUAUCCCGAGAGCAGCCAUUACGCCUGCUCAGUCUCACAGUAUGUGGAGGCAGCCCUUGAUCCUUACCGAGCCUGCCCAAGAUGGUCUUUUCGAUAUCAAUGUUGCUAGGCCUGAUUUCCGUAGGACCUCGCAAUUUCCUGCAGCCAUUGCAAGUGUCAAGAAGUCUCCACGGAAAAUGUUAGAGCCCCUACCACGAUACAAGACCGAGAGCCUCUGGACUGCGAAGUUUCAGGAUCCCGCAACGAUGUCUUCCGCUCACAAUUGGCUACUGACCCCAAGCAAGGCCGUUGAGAAGAAUCGCGCUACCAAGCCGGCACACUUCAAUGAAAUGUGGACCAAGCCAGCGGCGAGACAGGAGCCUGAGUCUCAGGGUCUUUUUGAUGCCAACGCCGUCCGGAAUGAUUUCCGAAGUACCUCUCAACCACCGGCUGCCAAGGUCAUGGCCUCGAAAACACCCCGCGCGACGGUAGAGCCUCUUGUGCGCUUUCAGAAGGGGGGACUCUGGACUGUAAGGAGUCAGAGCUCCUCAUCUGAAAGUUCAUCCCCUAGCUGGCUGCUUGUAGCCGCCAGGCCUUUGGCACCCCAAAUGCCACCGUGCGAAGCCGCCUCAAUUGUACUAAUAGAUGGCACGGCAUACACAGGUGGGCUAUGGAAUAAGCCUAUGGCACACUCAGAGUCGGAGUCCGAGGGGGUUUUCAACGCCGAAGCCGUCCGACAUGACUUCAGGAGGACAUCUAAGCUUCCCGCAGCCAUCUCUACGACGACAAAGCCACGCACAGUCAAACAGCCUGCAGUUACCUUGACAAGCAAGACUCUGUGGGUCUUACAGCCUCAUGUGAGCCGGGCCUCCGGUGCCAGCAAGAUUUCUCUGUGGAGCAAGAGUGUUUCCGUCUCGUCUUCAUCUCCUGGUUUAUUCCAGCUCGACCCAACGAGAACAGUCUACCGCACUACUUCUGCAGACCCGGCGGCUCUAGCGAUGCUCAGGAAGCCAAGAAGCAUUGAGCAACCCAUGCAGAGACUCCAAUCUACCCGCCUAUGGGUAAAGAGCCAGGUCACAUCAGUCGAGCUGGACUGGAUCUCAAUAUAUUCAGUACGUCCAUCAAGCCCAUCUAUUGCGUCAAUGAUGAGCUCCGCACCAUCUUCCCCUACCGCGGACGCAGCAUCAGUGAAGACAACCACGACGAAAGCCUCAACUGUCACUACUUCUAGCAAGAGCACCGGUGGGUUCCUCGGUGGAUGGUUUGGAAGGAAGGCCAAGAAGACGCCAGACGUGCCAAAGGUCCCUGAACAUGCUGAGAUUGAGAUGAAGACCGCUGAGUUGGAUGAGUUGCCUGAAGAGUUUAUCAUCAAGAACCUCGAUGAAAUCCCUCGCGAUAAACCCGUCCACAUUCCCAUCCGCCAGCAGCACCGACCCACGAUCGCCUACCGCGAGAGCUGGGGUGCAGCACUGAGCGAGGCCAUAGUAGCUAGCUACCCUGGUACCAAGCUCGCUCUACGGGCUUCACACUCCAAGAACUGGGAUGCAGAGCUUCAGGAAGCCAUCAACGCCAGCCACAUUGCGCCAAAGAUCGCCCGCAGUGGGGCAACCCCUCGGGAAUGGUCUGUAGCGCUGCGCUGCGCAAUAACUGCAUCGUAUCCCGAGCUGAGAUUCUCAAGAGGCCAAGCACCACCCUCCCAGUGGGCAGCUGAACUGCAACAAGCUAUUGUGAAGAGCAAACUUCCUGAUGUUGGCCCCUUCGAUGUGGCGGUCCGUCACCCUGUCUUCUUUGGAUCGUUGGAAACUUCGGCAGAGACGGUCCAUCCUGCGAUGGAAGGAUAUGGUGCGUCUGCAAAGCCAGAGCGAAGCCUUCGUCAGACCAAGCACAAGCAAGCGAUUUCGACUCGAUCCCGAAGCGCAACUAGGGGCGCCGACGCUGCCCCUUUUGUCGCAGAUAUCCCUGCUGUGCCGGCUGUCGUCUCAUCCCUCUGGGUGAAGCCGAUGCCGAUACAGACCGCUAUCCACGCACCCACGGGCAUGUGGGCUUCCUCAAGCGAUAAGACGGGCGUACCACAGCAUGGAACUCUGCCCGAAGUCGAGUGUUGCAUACAAGCUCACCACCACACGCAAAAGACCAGCACAAAGGUCCACCAUAGCCCAGACAUCGAACUCCCUUCCGGUUUCGGCAAGGGCGGUUUGUGGAAGCGUACUACCCACAAGUAUACACCUCGGGAGAUGAACUGGCUGGACGACUCGACGAAGAGGCGGUUCACGCGCCUUGAGCUGAGGUACUGA